AUGGCAAGGCCGAAGAAGGUUGCUUAUAUUCCUAAUAGUGCUGCAAGGAGAGCAACUUUCAAAAAACGAAGAAUGGACUUGUUGAAGAAAGUCAGUGAAAUUAGUAAUUUAUGUGAUGUUGAUGCUUGCGCAAUUGUGUAUGAACCAGACAAUCCACUACCAAAAGUAUGGCCAGCGAACCCUGAAGCACAUCGUGUGCUCAUGAGGUUCAAGGGCUUGCCAGAGAGAGAUCAGUUAGACAAUGAUCAAGAGAGUUCCGAAGAAAACCAGAUGGGGAUGACAACAGAACGUUCCAUAAAUCAGCAACUAGAAGAUCAUUAUAUGAAACUUCGUCGGAUGUUUAAUCGUGCCUUGGAUGGUGAGAGUUCUAUACCUGAACCUGAUAUUCAUCCUGUUGAUUUAAUCGAUUUCGCCUGGUUGCUUGAUGAAAAGCACAAAGAAGUUAUACUAAAAUUGUUAAAUCUCCAGAAAGCUACUGCAAUCAGCGGUAGCGAGGGUAAUACUAUUGUUAUCCCUAGCCCUAGUUAUUCUGUUGAUACUAACGUUAAUUGGUGUACUUGA